GGCAGUGCAUGUGAUAAUGUAUUCUUUUGGUGGUUGGUUGUAGUUGUGGACACAGACAAUGCUCUUCCAACUGCUGAGCUAGAGUCAGACACCAUGCUGAUUCCGAGCUGGUACCUCAGGCGUGAGUAGUCAGUCUCUACUGCCUUCACAAGAAUGAGCACUCCUUUUCCCUGUGGUAUUCAUGAGAAAUACACCUUCAUAGGUACAACAUCCUUUUCUAAAUCUGACAUAGGGAAGAAUUAUGAUGCGGUUCCUGAAGGAUUCCCUGAUGUUGCAGAGGAGCUCCUGACAACCUUGGAUGAAGACCCAUCUGAGACAGAUUCUGAGACUUUGCCAGAGACCUUCCCUAUGGAAGAAAAUGACAGUGUGCCAGGCCCAGAUGAAGAAAGAGAAGCAAUACAGGACACCAGCACAGUUGCUAAGCCUCAGGAAUAUUCAGAAUCAGCUGCUCGGCAAAAAGCCGAGACUCCUGAACAGUGGGAUUUCAGCAAGAAGUACCUCCUAGCGUCUAUUGCAGUCUCGUCUGUGCUGCUUCUUGUAGCAGUGGUUGGGUACAUAGUCAUGUAUCAGCUGCUGAAGAGAGACAUUAGGGCCCAGGAAGACAAAGAGGCAACAGGACAAGACUGGGACUCUUCCUGGGAAAGCUGUGGCCUGCCUAGAGUUGAAACAGAGUCAGCAGAAGGAUCAGGAAGUGGCGAGAGACCCCAAGCCAAGAGGGUCGGGGACAGCUGCCCUCUGUUUCCUGAGAUCUUUGCAGCAGAGCUUGCCCAGCUGUACAAGAACAAGCGCGCAGACCCAUCACCUCUGUCCACGUGUCCCUUCUGUGCUCUGGCUGAUGGUGCCACUUCACGGGACUACUGGAUUACCCUGGACUCACCUCAGCCCACGGCAUCCUGGUGCCCCUGCUGCCAGUACCAGGAGGAAUACUUUAUGUUGGACGAUGAAGAUUAGUGACAGUGACAAUCAUAAAUAGUGAUAGUGAUUCUUUUAAUGACAGUAAUACUCGAUAUUAAAGCACGGUGAUUAUUUUAGUGAUAGUGAUACUGAUUCUUUUAUUGAUAAUGAUAGCAAUACUUUCUAUUAGCGGAUGAUGAUUGUUUUUGUGAUUUUGAAAAUAAAUCUAUUUCCAAAAGUA